AUCACAGCGCAGCCGGGCACAGCCUUCACACAACGCGCCGCUCCAGCUCCACGAUCGGCGAAGGCACCAAAGGAACCGCACCUCGGCACAACUCUGGGCUCUUUUCUUCAUCCUGAUAACGCGCCGUGUGUCUGGCACGGCGUCGGACUCCUCUGAAGCGCUUUACAAGAACUCGCGGAGCGCGGAGCUCCACCGGCUCCGGGUCUGGGGGGAAAUACUACUACAAAAAAAAAAAAAUCUCAAUUUUUUCACUUCGCUUUUUGUGGAUGCACCGAUGAGAGAUCCAGUUUUUACAGGGACUGCAAUGGCUUAUCACCCUUUCCACGCACACCGGCCGACCGACUUCCCCAUGUCCGCCUUUCUAGCGGCCGCGCAGCCUUCCUUCUUCCCGGCGCUCAGCCUCCCUCCCGGGGCGCUCACCAAGCCUAUCCCGGACCACGGCCUGGCCGGGGCUGCGGAGGCUGGGCUCCACCCGGCCCUCAGCCACCAUCAGGCGGCUCAUCUCCGCAGCAUGAAGAGCCUGGAGCCCGAGGAGGAAGUAGACGACGACCCCAAAGUUACACUGGAAGCCAAGGAUCUUUGGGACCAGUUUCAUAAACUCGGGACGGAGAUGGUUAUUACGAAGUCCGGCAGGAGGAUGUUCCCUCCCUUCAAAGUGCGGAUAAACGGGCUCGAUAAAAAAGCCAAAUACAUCCUGCUGAUGGACAUCGUGGCGGCGGACGACUGCCGCUACAAGUUCCACAACUCCCGCUGGAUGGUCGCGGGCAAGGCCGACCCAGAGAUGCCCAAGAGGAUGUAUAUCCACCCGGACAGCCCGGCCACUGGCGAGCAGUGGAUGGCCAAGCCUGUUGCUUUCCAUAAACUUAAGCUGACCAACAACAUCUCAGACAAGCAUGGAUUUGUCCAGACAAUCCUGAACUCCAUGCACAAGUACCAGCCCAGGUUCCACAUAGUCCGGGCCAACGACAUCCUCAAGCUCCCUUACAGCACCUUUAGGACCUACGUGUUCCCGGAGACCGAAUUCGUGGCUGUGACAGCGUACCAGAACGACAAGAUAACGCAGCUGAAGAUUGAUAACAACCCUUUCGCCAAAGGAUUCAGAGACACGGGGAACGGACGGCGAGAGAAAAGGAAACAGCUGACCAUGCCGUCGCUGCGGAUGUAUGAGGACCAGUGUAAAGGGGACCGGGAGGGCGCAGACUCAGACGCCUCCUCAAGUGAGCCCCCAGCCGGCAGAGACACCGUCCACUCCCCGCUGGGCGCUGGUUCAAGCCCGCUGAGGUUCAGCAGGCCUAGUCGAGAUGAUAAAACAUGCACUGACAGCGAGCAGGAGCUGGAGCAACAUGAUGAGCUCUGCACUGCAUCCAACAGCCCAGGACCUGAGCCCGUGUCCCCCUACAGCUCCAGGUGUGAGGAGCGAGUGAGGGACCGACCCAGCACAGAAAAGAAGGACGAUUCCAUAUUCAGUAUAAGGAACCUGGAGAAGGACAAAGCGGACAGCAGGAGCAGGAAGGACACAUCAGACACAUUGGCGAAGGACUCAGAGGCCGGAGGGAUCAGUGCCAGUAAGGACGCCUUCUCCCCUCUCAUGGUCCAGACCGAGAGCCCCUCGCACUUCAGCCCAGGCCAUUUACAAAGCCUGGCUCUGUCUGGCCUGCACAGCCAGCAAUUCUUUAACCCUCUGAACACCGGAUCGCCGCUGUUGUUUCAUCCUGGCCAGUUCGCCAUGGCCCCUGGAGCCUUUUCAGCCAUGGGCAUGGGGCACCUUUUGGCCUCCGUCUCUGGAGCAAGCAGUUUGGAAAAUGGCAGCCUCUCUGCCCAGGGCACAGGAGGAACUCCAAACCCCUUCCCCUUCCAUCUGUCCCAGCACAUGCUAGCCUCUCAGGGCAUCCCCAUGCCUCCCUUCGGCGGUCUCUUCCCGUAUCCCUACACCUACAUGGCGGCGGCUGCAGCAGCAGCCUCAGCCUCAGCUCUACCGGCCACCAGCACCUCCAGCCCACUCUCCAGGAACCCGUUCCUGAGCUCGUCCAGGCCCCGGCUCCGCUUCAGUCCCUACCAGCUCCCGGUUUCUCUGUCACAGAGCUCCAGCCUGCUCACCACCGGCCUGCAGGGCAGCUUCAACCCCAGCUCUGAAUCCUCCAAACCGGGCAGCAGGGAGACCAGCCCGGCCCCGGAGCACAUCAGCAGCAACCAUAAGACUGGAGGAUCCAAUGGAAGGACGGCGUCCCCCAAAACCUCCAUGAAAGACUCAGUGAAUGAACUGCAGAGCAUCCAGAGACUGGUGAGCGGCCUGGAGGGUCAAAGGGAACCGUCCCCUAGUGCAGACUCUCCAAAGUGAGGAACACUGAUUUUAGGAUGAAGACAAAGCAGAGGACAAUGAGUGCAAACGUCCUGUACAGCACAUUAUGUAGACUGGGACGAGGGUGAGGCCGAUAUGGGUCAGUGAAGGCCGAUAACUGGUGUUUUUUGGAACAAAGCUGCAGAAAUACAGAACUUGAGUCCGUUUAUUUAAUUUACCUUUUGAAUGAUUGAAGAUUGAGGGUUGAAGUCCUCUCAGACGUCAUUUUGGACUAUCGUUAUACACCAAAACUGUCCCUUGGGUCCCAGGGUUGCCAGGUUGGCCUUUUUUGAAGGCAGGCUUGACCUCACAGAAACUCUGGGAGACAUCUCUAAAAUAAAAACAACAUAGAAAAAUCAACAAUUAAGCAAUUAUAUAUCACAAGGAAAAUACUUUAAAGAAAGUUUUAAAAGAAAAAACUCAACCUGUUUGGCUGAUGGACUUUCCUAAGACAAAUAUUCAUCAUAUCAGAGUUGGACCACAGAGAGCCAGUAUCGGCCCCAGAUAUCGGUCUGACCUGCCUGCAGCUCCACACACUGAUCAGCGUCAGAGGAGAGUGUGUGAUGACUUUAACUUGAAGCAGCCAUUUUCAGACCUUGAAUGCCUCAUGGCUUCUCAAGCUGCAUCCAAAAACAUUGUUUCCAGGCCUGAUGAUUUCAAAAAGGCAUGGAGGUGAAGAGGACAGAACCGCUUCUUAUCAUUUCAUGCCAGAAAAAAAAUGUUUCUGAACUAUUUAUGUAAUUAAAGAUUAAAACAAUUCUGUAAAUAAAGCUAAGAUCCAAGAAUAUGCAAUUGGUAUUAAUUUAUUCAAGGCUGUAUAUUAGCGUGUAUAUAUUUUGAAUUUACUUUUUCCUCCCUUUCUCUUUCUCCCUCUCCUCCCAUCGUUGCCCCUAUUUUUCAUGAACAUAUACUGUAAAUGAAAAGCUAUUUAGCGCUUGUUGGUUUGACAAACUGUGUAUGAAGCAUCGCUGAUUUUUAGAAGACGUGUGUGCCAUGUUUUUGUCUGCAUCCACCGACAAAUCCAGAGGAACAGAGGGAGGAAGAGCUCCACUUUCAUAAUAAAAGAAAAAAACACCUCAGGUUAUUUCACUCCACAAAGGAGACAUUCAAAGCAAUUCCUCCUCAACGGGCGCAUCAUUCAUAUCUAUUCAUAAAUAUAUUUAAAGAUGAUGAAAGUAUCUUGUUUAUGCUGGU